UCGAAACUGCACAUAUCAUUUGAUCACAUUGACAACAUGCUUCUAGUUUUGUGGCUGCUUUCAGCCUCGGUAGUAUGGGCCAAUCCUCUAACAAGGCGGCAAGAAAUCAACCAAUCACCCACAGUCACACUAUCAAGCAGCAAGAAAGAUACAAGUACCAUAUUUGUAGGACGAACAAUCCCUGAGUUUGAUCAAUAUGCCUUCUUGGGCAUCAAGUAUGCAAAUGAGCCUGCGCGCUUCACGGCAGCCGAGCUCAAGACAUCAUAUGGAUCAAAUGAUAGCGACUCUGGUACUUACAAUCUUUCCUCGGCGAAAAUUGACCCAAAUCCCAAUUUGGUCUAUUAUAAUGCCACUUCUUACGGCUAUGACUGUCCUGGAUAUGGAUCUGAUAUCACCAACCUACUCAACCAGGGUCUUAUCCGCCUGGGCGAGGAUUGCCUGAAUCUGAAUAUUAUCCGGCCAAAGACCGAUGGUCAAGCUUUAUUGCCAGUUCUGCUAUGGAUCUAUGGGGGUGGAUGGCAAUCGGGUGAUACUGCAGAUCCAAGAUACAACUUGAGCUAUGUGGUACAACAAAGUGUCAUAAAUGACAAGCCGGUGAUAGGUGUUUCUAUCAACUAUCGGCUGUCAACAUUCGGGUUCCUGGACUCGAAAGAAGUCAGAGCUGAAGGGAAUACAAACCAGGGGCUUCGAGACCAACGCACCGCCUUGCAUUGGGUCAAGCAGAAUAUCAAGGCAUUCGGUGGCGACCCUGACAAAAUAACCAUUUGGGGAGAAUCUGCAGGUGCUUAUAGCGUUGGUAUUCACCUGGUCAUUAAUGGAGGUGAUAAUGAGGGUCUUUUCAGGGCAGCAAUCAUGGAAUCUGGAAAUGCUGUUGGCCCACCUUAUAAUGGCACUGAAUGGCAUCAGCCGAUGUAUGACCGCAUUGUUGAGCGCACAGGGUGCGAGAAUACAACAAACACCCUGGUUUGUCUCCGUGAGCUUCCAUACGAGACUUUCUACAACAACGCAUAUGAAAAUCUCGAGUGGUUCGCCACCGUUGAUAAUAGCUUCAUUGCCGAGUACCCACAGAUUAGCUACCAAGAGGGAAAUUUUGCCAAAGUCCCCCUUCUUCUAGGAAGCAAUACUGAUGAAGGCACGAGCUUUGGCACAACUGGCACCGAUACAGACGAACAGUGUAUUGAACAAUUGAUAUCAUCCAAACGUUGGGUUAUCAGUCGCGAAGAGGCGGAGAAAAUACUUCCCCUUUAUCCAAAUAUUGCGGCGUCUGGGUCUCCAUAUGGAUGGGGGAAUGUAACCUGGCCUAGUUUGGGGCUGCAGUACAAGCGCUAUACGUCAAUUGCUGGUGAUUUGACGAUGGCAGCACCUCGUCGACUGCUUGCACAGUCAAUGUCAAGAUUUGUGAACAACAUAUACUCAUAUCGAUGGGACGUAGCGGCCUUCAAUGAGUCAACAAAAAUUGGAGUGGGACAUUUUGCCGAGAUCCCAUUCGUUUUUUCCAAUCCAGUGCAAAAUUUCACAUCGUUGGCAUCUGCGAGUGAUCCCCGUCGAUUGGAACUGGGACACAUGGCUGCUCGUAUGUGGACUUCAUUUGCGACAGACUUGGAUCCUAAUGGACACGGAAUUCCCAAUAUUCCGCAAUGGCCUCGUUAUACAUCCAACGCUACUAACUUCGUCUUCCGCCUUCCACGGGAUGAAGGCUAUGUGGAGCCAGAUACUGAUCGUGUGGCAGGCAUGGAUUAUAUAAACAGUAUUGUGCGUUAA